UAAUGUAUAGAAACAAAUUAAACGAAAAGGACAAUCAACAAGAUGAAAAAUACGUCAUAGGGAGAGCAUGAACGCUGCGCGUGCUAUAACAAACGACUUAAGAACGCGUUGGAUCACAACAUGGAUGUAGAUGUCUUUUACUAUGGUCAAGAAACAGUUGUUUAUAAUACAUUUAUUAUGUGUUAUAACAUUAUCAACAUCGGCAAAAUCAUUAGGUCUUGUUAAAGAAUUCAAUAACGCCGAUUUGAAAAAGGAUAAUACCAAUGGACUCCAUGAAACAAAAGAAACUACAAUAGAAAAAAUAAAAACCGAAAAUUUAAAUGAUCUCCAGAAACCAAACAGUAAAUCCCUACCAGAAAACAACAGCAAUUUACAAGGAGAUGAUUCCAUGUAUACAUUAUCUGAUUUAGAAGAAGCAGUUUCCAAAGAAAUCGAUAACAGACCAGUAGAAGAUAAGGAAGUCAAAAAUAAUAAAAAUGAAUUAACAGAUGAUAAAGCAUUAUUAGAUAUAUACACGGAAUCAGAUCUCGACGAAACUAAAUCUCAAGACAAGGUUAAACCAGAGGUUGAUAAAAAGUCUUCAUCAUUUUUAUUUGUUCCGCAUAAGCGACACAAACGGAGUGCAACAGCUCAUCCUGACGAAGAAAACGGCGAGGGAUCUGGCGAAGGUUCGGGAGACCUACCAACAUCAUUAUAAACUGAUUUCUUCAACAAGACUAUAGGUUUGGUAAAUGAAUUUGAAAUUGAAGAUUCAAACAAUGCAACAAUAGAAAAUAAAACAGACCAUCGUAACAAAACCAAACUUAACAUCUUGCCAUCAAAGAAAGAAAUCAAUGUCACCAAGAAACACCUUCACAACGACAAGAAUAAAACUCGCUCACAAAUUCACGACACGUCUAUGUACACAGAGACUGAUUUAGAAGAAACGUCCUCCCAAAACGAUCUAAAAUUUGACGGACCAAACACAAAUGAUAAUGUGGCAAACAAUACUAAAGAAAACCACGAUUUUGGAAACAAUGAAACAGAGAUGUCUAACAUAUACACAGAUUCGGAUUUAGAAGCAACGGCGUCCAAAGAUAAAAAGAAACAUGGGGAAACUCCAGAGAAGGAUAAAAAGUCGGCUGGUUCGUACUUAUUUGUUCCUCAUAAAAGAGAAAUAGCCAACUCAGAACACGAGGAAGGAUCUGGUGAAGGGUCUGGAAAUGAACCACUGACCAAUGAUACUUCUUAAUCUUCAUCGACAGAAAACUUCGAUUUUAAAUGAAAGUAGACAGAGCUAUUAUUAUAGACAAGUUCCUUACAUUACAAAAAAACUUAUAUAAUUUUUUUCAUUUUCUGUAUAAUAUCUUUGAAAAUUUAUUUGUACAAUAAAGCUUCGUUUAAAAGCGGCACGCCCCAAUAUGAGUAAACUUAAUCUUCUGGAAUUUUUUUAUCUUUAGUGUAAGAUCUUUUAAAAAUUCACAGUCUAGGUGUAACUUUUAUUGUAGUAUGCAAAUUAUUAAAGAAGUCAAGCCUUCUUUCUACUCUUUUACUAACAGAGUAACAAAUGUUUCAGUAAUUUUUUGCAAGUAGCUUAUAGAGAGUUGGCGCCUUAAAGAUAUACUAUGCUCAAUUUUGUACUAGAAAAUAUUGACAAUUGCUACACAGUCUCUUUAUAAAUAUAGAAUGUUUUGACAUCACUCAAAGUAGGUAUGUUAUGUUAAGAAUUCUACACACUAUAGGUGGUCACAAUAUGAAUAUAUGUCAUUAAAAACUGGCAGUUUUAUUUUAAGAAAAGACCAUUUUGCCUUCCCAUACAUAGUUUAUUCAUUCUUUUAUUCAAAUUAGACAUAUUCAGUUAAUUUCAUAGAUUUCAAUAAAUUACUAAUUAGAAUAUUUACUAAAGGAUGAGCAAAGUAUAUCUUUAAGCUAGUUAAACUGUACAUUUAACAACAUAUGUGCUCAUUAGAAUGUUUUUAAUUUUCAUUAAAACAGAUCCGGGCGCGUGCUGCUUCAUCUGCUUUUACAAAACUAAGAUUGUAAUAUGACAUUUGUAUGUUAUUGUUAUAACUGGGUGACACAAAGGUAGAACGAAUAAUGGUAUAUGGAACGUUUUAAAAUACCAUUAAAGUAGUUCGCGAUCAUGACGUCAGUUAUUGGCGUCAUCUGACACAUGGCCUUGUUGUUCACAAAGAAAUAAUCAGGAUCAGGAUGAAAUGAUUCUGAUUUUAUUUCCAUUGUUGUACUGAACCUUACAUUGACCAUGUAAGGUUAUUACCUUUUGCAACAUAUUCAAAACGUUUAAAGCUGUUAAUUGGCGACUAGUGUUUAGAAAUGAAAAUACAAAAUGAUAACUGGCUCAAAAUAAGGUUUAGUUUUAUAACCAGGAGUAAAACAAGGUCAAAGUCCAAAGGCACGUUCCAUCUAAAUUAAUGAAGAAACUUUUUUCGUAAAACACAUUGAUCUUGUCAUUUCAAGUCCAUUUUAAAGUAACACUAAAUGUUAAAUUUUUUUAUUUGAAUUUUGAUCCUGAUCCAUUGUGAACACAGGCCUUGUAAAUAAAUAACAUUCUAUAUAAUAUAAUGUAUUAUGUGUUUGUUUCAAUUUUCAAUUCUAUUUCCUUGAGCAUGUUUUAAUCUAAACAAAAAAAUCUCAUGUAACAUAAGUCUUCUUCGUAUACAUCACGUUUUGUCGUCUUCACAAAACACUCGUGGUUUUAUCUCGGUACAUCUCUUUCCAAAUCGUGAUGUAUAUUAUUAAUAGAUGGACUAUACUUUUGAUGAAUAUAGAUCUACAAUAAUAAAACAGGUUGACAAAUGCAAUUUUAGUUGUACUAAAUAUUGACUACAUCUCCCAAAGUGAGAAUAAGUUCUCUUAGAAAUGAGAUGUAUUCAUUAUUUUCCUUUCAUCUUAAUUAAGUCGAAGUUGCAUAUUUACAUUUAGGUAUGCUCAAUAUUAGUUACACAUUAAUAACAUUAAUGUAAUUAUAGUUAAAUUAUUGUUAAUGUUAUUUUUUGUUUCUUAAGUUUUAAUUUGUAUUUGUUUUUGUUAAGUUUUAAAUGAGUAUGACAUUUUAGAAAUAUAAAAUAAUGUCUACAUUAUUGUUGAAUAAUUACAGAAUAUUUAUUAAAUAGCGUACGUAACAUUGCGUUCAAAUUUCA